AUGCUUGAGACACGGCAUAUCCAAGAGCUUGAUUCCGACUCUACGAUCAAACAUUACUGGGGAUAUGCAGAUCGGAUUCUUCCCUGCACCAAAGAUGCUGGCACUUGUGCAUAUUUGGACUCUGUCUAUCAUGCCCAUCAAAUAUCGAUGCUUUACACCUUCAUUCUCUGGGCAGUCUUGGGAGGUGCCCUUAUGUUCAUGCUCUCAUUACGCUAUGGCAAGAGCGUAGCUCGUUCAUCUGACAUCAAGACGCCACUUCGGCGUGGGUUGGAUUCUCUCGGAUCUAUAGGAAGGCGCUGGAUGCUUCCCGAGGCUCCAGGAAGAGGAUUUCUUGGACGAGUCACUCUGCUACAAGUCACAGUGCUAUCUGCGCUUCUUGGCUACUUGUUAAUAUUCUCUCUCGUCGGUGUAACUUACAAGACCUGGAUCACACCUACCAAAAAUCAUCCUGAACUGAAGACAAUCAGAACAGGCUUUGGAGGUUGGGGUGAUCGUGUUGGAGCUCUAGCUUAUGCCUUGACACCGCUCACGAUCGCUCUUUGUUCUCGCGAGAGCGUCUUGUCGCUCAUCACCGGCAUCCCAUACCAACAUUUCAACUUUCUGCAUCGCUGGAUUGGUCGAGUCAUCUUCAUCCAAUCUUUCCUGCAUACUCUGGUCUGGACGCUUGUUGAAGGAAGGUUCUAUCAGCCACAACCCGAGACUUACACCGCUUUCAUCAAGCAAAAGUACAUUGUCUGGGGGAUUGUUGCUCAAAUCAUGAUUACGUUUUUGUACAUUUUUAGCACCAGCUGGGCUAUUCGAUGGACCGGAUACGAGUUCUUCAAGAAGACUCAUGCUUUGAUUGGUAUACUUUACCUUGGAGCGUGUUGGGGACAUUGGGACAAACUGGCAUGUUGGAUGAUUGCUUCUCUCAUCAUCGUGCUUGGCGAUUUCGGCAUCAGGUUUCUCCGGACUGCACUACUCCACGUCGGAUACCGAAAGGGUAAGCCUGGUCUUGGUUUCCACAGUGCAAAUGCCAACGUUCAGCAUUAUGGUGACGACGAAGAUUCUGUCGUGCGCAUCGACUUUGAUUUCAAGCACUCCGCAUGGAAGCCUGGUCAACACUUCUACCUCUGUUUCCCUGCCCUGAACAUCUGGCAGUCUCAUCCAUUCACUCCAUCAUCUCUUCCUGAUGGCCGUAGCGAUAUUCAGCACCAUACUUACUUGAUCCGCGAACGCUCCGGUAUCACCGCCAAACUUGCUCAAAUUGCCAAAGCCACUGGUGGAGAUUCUUGCACCACUUCUGUUAUACUCACCGGACCCUAUGGAGGCACAUCAACUGAAGAAGCCGCAUCAUCUAAUCUUUUGACCGUAGCAGGCGGCACUGGUGUCACUUCCGUGCUCCCAACCCUCCAGGACACUUUUACUGUCACUCAGACAGGUACUCGUGCUGUCGAUUUCGUUUGGGUCAUUCGCAAGAUUCAAGACCUCGCUUGGAUUACACCUGAACUGACAGAGCUCAAAUCUUGGAUGUCUGCUGGCAAAGCAAAUGGUCUUCGCGUACACAUCUUUGUCACCCGCGAAACAGCACUGCCGGAAACAUCGAUCUCCACCACAUCUUCAGGUUCAGAAAAGGGCAAAGGUUGCUGUAGCAAGAGAGCCAAGAGUGAAAAGAACGGUGUGGUGAUCUCUUCCUCGGACGAUUUGACAACACCACAAAAUAACUUCUCCAUCACGUAUCUUGGCGGAGCUCAUCCCUCGAUCAAGGACAUCGUUGCUGAGUUUGCCGAAAGAGCGGCUAUCUGUGGCGGAAGGAGUCAAGUCAUUGGUGCUGGACCGAUGGAGAUUGGAACUGCCUUGCGCUCUGCCGUUGCAAGAGAAAACCAUGCUAGUAGAGUUUGGCAAGGUGACGAAAGCGGCAUCAUGGCCCUUGAAUGGGAUUGUCGGUCGUGA